UCCUUUUGACAUGUUGAAUCAGAUAGAGGCGAAAAAUAAGCUGUUGUUUAUAAUUUUGACACUGCUAUAUGAAACAGGAAUGUCAGUCACUUCAUCCACACCUUUCUAAUAUACUCUCAUUUGGUGCAGUGGUGAACUGUUUUACAGGUUACGUGUGACAGACGUAAACGAAAAUCACAUCAGUGUUGUUAUUAAACAAAAACCACUUUCGAGAAUAUAAAUGUUCAGCCUAAAAAGUUUGCAGUAAACCAAAGUGGAGAAACCUUAUAAACUAAGAUCUUUUAAGGUACCCAUUACCGAAAUACACUAGUAUACCAAAGAUUGCUAGUAAUACACUAGUGAAGACUGACUACGGUAACGUUGGAAGAUGACCAACGUUCGGAAGCGACCACCGGCUUCAAGCACCAAAACAAAAAGCCAACAACCUCCGCAAGAGGAAAAGCGCACUGAUUCGGUCUGCCGUGUCUGUAUGGGCAGGGCGUCCGAUUCUGGCCUGAUGAUUGGACUAUUCGAUGGACAGAUACAGGGAACGAUCCUCGCCGAAGUGUUGACCCUGGUUGGAGCAGUGGAGCUGGCGACGAAAGACGACCGAUUGCCCAAGUGGUGCUGCGAGGAAUGUCUAAAGGCUCUGGAAAGCGCUUACAUACUGAGAACGUUAUGCCAGGACUCGGACCGGAAGCUACGGGAUGCACUUUUGAUGGAUGCGGCAACCGUUGUGGUGAAAGAGGAAGUCGAUGAAGAUAAGUCCAAGCUGGAGGAUCGAGAUGAGCUACUGAAUGCCGAAGAAACUACUUUCUCAGAACAUUUACAAUUGCCUAAGCUGGAGAUUAUAGACUGUGUAGAGGAAGAUGAGAUUCAACAGAUGAGCGAUGGCGUAGGUGGAGCACACGGUAUGGAAGAGGAUAAUGGCGGCACAGUCUCGGAUGAGGUAGAUGAGGAUCAAGAUGAAAAGAUGUCAAGAGAAGUAAAUAAGCCGAACCACGGAAAGAAGCCUUUAAAUCCAGAUGCCUUUGAUGAAGUGGAAGCUGUAGGAUUCAAAUGCUGUGGUUGCAAAGUCAUAUUCAACACUUCAAAGGAACUAAAAUCUCAUUCAAAGGAAGCCCACGCCCACAAGAAACUGACCAAAAAGGAGUUGCAACGCAAGAAGCAGUGUGAUAUAUGUUACAAGGUAUUGUCUCAUGACCUAUCCGUAUGGAACCACCAAAAGAAAGACAAACUGAACUUCCGAUGCAAGGUGUGUGGAGAUUUGUUCUGGAGUCGACAGAGGGUGUGCCUUCAUUAUGAUCGGGUUCACGGCCCGAAUCCAAUGAUCAAGGGUCCUUCGAAAGUUUGCUGUGGGUGUCAAGAGCAUUUUGAAACAGAAGAACAGCUUAGAGAGCAUAGUGUGACUGUACAUUUGCCAAAUAAACCUCCGCCAGAUCCUACCCGUCCGUACACCUGCAACGUUUGUUAUCGCUGCUACAAAUCCGAUUCUCUGCUGUACGCCCAUCAGUCCCGAAGGCUCAAGGAUGCCAAGAAGCAUGUGUGUGAUCAGUGUGGAGUGGCGUUCCGAUAUCCUGGAGCGUUGAAAUAUCAUAUAAUGUCACACACUGGCGAAAAGCAGUUCCAGUGUACAAAAUGUCCCAGAAUUUACAGCAAUUGGAACAGCUUCCGACAGCAUGUAAGCGGCCACAACAUGCCAGCGGAUAAGUACAAAUGCAAGAUUUGCGGAGAUAUAUUCAAAACACGCAAUGGAUUGAAACAGCACACGCUACAGCAUACCGGAGAGCGUCCGUACAAGUGUCCUCACUGUCCAGCCACUUUCGCCCUACUUGCUGGGCUAAAUUGCCAUUCGUUUACGCACACCGAUGAAAAGACUCAGGAAUGCCCGAUUUGCGGUAAGCAGUUCAAGCGACAAACGGAACUCAAGCAGCACCUCAAUCAUACUCAUCACAAGCAAAAACCCUUCGCCUGCUUCUUCUGUCCCAAACGAUACCCACGGAAAGACCGUCGCAAACAACACAUGCUCCAAGUCCAUCCCAAGGAACUACAAAGCAAUCCGCUUCCUUCGAUCGAGCUACUCGGUAACCCGUGGUCGUUGCGACAAAGGACGGAAGAAGCCGUUUUGCGGCAGCAGGGCAUGAUAGAAUAAAGCUGUGGAACAGAUAACUAUUUAUUAAUCUUUAACUAGACGAACGAUUCUCUAUACGUUGAUGUAUCAGUAAUAUGUAUGUCAAUAAUAAAAAAAUGUAACUUAUUGUCUUGA